AUGGCAAUCUCAAAGUCUCUCCUUCUCUGGGCGCUUGCCGUGUCUCAGGGCCUUGUCCUCGCAUAUCCGGUGGGAGAAUCGGGCUCUAGACUCGAAAGCCGUUUCCUCCGACCAGUGCGACGGCCAGAUGCGCCCCAAGCCGAUGUGCGCUUUGGGGCAGAUCAAGGUCCCGUCACUGACGUUUCGGAGAAUGCAGACAUAAUUCCUUUCUAUUCAAGGCAUUCCCAUAAAAAGGGUGAGAAGGGUGGGAAGCAUGAGAAGGGUGGGAAGGGCGCAGACGCAGAAAUUGUUACCCAAUCCUUUCCCCUAGAAGGACAACCAGAUGGUGACUUGUCAUCAGGACUGGCUCGGUAUUUAAAGGGAUCCCAUAAAAAGGGUGAGAAGGGUGGGAAGCAUGAGAAGGGUGGGAAGGGAGCAGACGCAGAACUUGUUACCCGUUCCCCUCCGCUAGAAGGACGACCAGAUGGUGAAUUGUCAUCAGGACUGGCUCGGUAUCUAAAGGGAUCCCGUGGAAAGGGUGCGGAGAACCCAGACGCAGAAAAUCCUGAAUAUAUGGGGGGAUGGUGCGGUAAGAGUGUGCCGAAAGCAGUGCAAGAAGGAUGCCCAGAAUAA